AUGAUCGAGGGUCAAAACGACACGUCGAGAUCGUUGUCCAGGCCGAAGAGGUACUUGACUUUUCCAGAGGGCAGCAACAUGCAGCUGGUGUACUGUUUGACCUUUGGAACGUUCAUUACAGAAACUGACAUUGUAGUGGGAGCAACAGCAGCUUUUGCUUGGGAGCUGCCGCACAAAGUCGACACAAAAGUAACAAGGUUGCUCCAUCGUAGAAGCAGGAGUGUCGUAUUUCCCAAAAUAGAAGCCUUUUUGCAGUCCACGGGACUAGAUGGAAGAGCUUGCGUGAUGAAGGCGCUCUGCGAAGCGGCCCAACGAGACCCUGCGGACGUUGGCAAAGGGACCUUGGUUCAGGAACUCCUGCACGUAAUAUUCACGCUGCCCAGGGACGGCGGAAGGUUCGAGCGAUCGCAGGAUCAAGCUUACGAGGACGCAUACCAGAGCAGCGAAAAUUGUGGCCAACUUUAUCCGACUUGCCAGCAUUCCAUUUACGAUCUAGACUUCUGA